AGUACUUGAUCAUAUCUUCAAGCUAUCUGUACCUACUAUGCUUGUACCAUUUUGUUUCCUACUGUACGUGUUCAUCUUACCAUCGUACGUGGUAUGCCAGCAAACUGGCAAUGCAUCGCAAACUCCGCCGGUGUAUCAAGUCCCAUUAGAUACACAACAGCCACUGAUCGCCAGAGUUGGGCAGCCGUAUUCAUGGACAUUUCUUCCAACGACAUUUUCUUCAACGUCCAAUCUGACGUAUAUACUAUCCGAUAAUCCUAAUUGGUUGUCCUUACAUGAUCGCACCCUGACUGGCACGCCUUCGGGAGCUGACGUUGGCCAAUCAAUCAUCACCAUCACCGCGACCGACAUGAUAGGGCUAUCUAAUUAUGGUACCAUGCAAGUCAUCGUCUCAAGCAUUAUAGCCCCCACCAUUGGACGACCAUUAGCUACUCAAUUAGCAAGCGCAACCUUAGGUGUAAAUUAUGUUGGCCCAGAUGGGUCCCUGCGAGUGCAAGCUGGUCAGGCAUUCACGUUUACUUUUGCAAAUGACACCUUCUUUUCUGCCGGACAAUUGUACUAUUCGGCAAAUGUUCUAGGUACUGUGUCAUUACCAUCGUGGUUGUCGUUUGAUGCAAAUUCACGAACGUUUUACGGCAUCCCCCCUGCGAACUUGACCCCUCAAAUUUUCACAUUUGUGGUCCAUGCUACGGACAUUCAACAGUUCACAGGAGUGGAUGAUUACUUCAACGUUUCCAUUUACCAGCAUCAAUUGACGGUGGUUCAACCCAUCCAGAACUACAAUGUUACACAAGGAAAUACCCUCAGCAUUGUAAUCCCUGCCGACACCUUUGCAAUUGAUGGCGUGGCGGUCACGGAAGCCAACAAAACCAGUGCCAUUGCCAAGAUUACAUUGUCAAGGACCAGCGAUGGCAUGGGUCCACUUCCUUCAUGGCUUUCGUUUGAUAGUAGUACUUGGAUCUUGCAAUGCUCGCCCGAUGCUAUGGCCGGAUCUAUGGUCAUUUUUGUACUCGCUACCGACGCAACCGGUGAUCAAGCCACCAGCAAUUUCACUUUGGCUGUCAACGGCCAUGCUCCUCCCGAUCAACUUAUUAUCAUUCCAGAUGAAUACAUUAAUUCUCAAACGGUGGACAUGAAGCUGCCUUUGGCUACUUCGGAUCCCGGUUCUGGUAGCCCAUUGCGCUAUAAAGCUUGGUUUAUACCGCAAAAUGGGACUGCUGCUUGGCUGGCAUUCAAUGAGUCUACAAACACCGUCUUCGGACAUACCGAGAGCAUGGUAGCGCAAAAUAUUACUGUGCUUAUCACUGGUUUCAACGAAUGGAACGGUUCUGCUUCUACAUGCUAUCAUAUCUUUCUACAACCGGGAGCCGACUCCUCAAGUGGCAACUCCGCAACCCGAAUCCUAUCUAUCGUUCUUCCGGCGGUCUUGGGAUCCCUAUUCCUCAUCUUGGUGUUGGUCUGCUUAGGGUGCUGUUGGAGACGAAGAAGAACAGAGAGGAGACAAAGGUUUAUCGGAGAAAGUACCAUCCCGCCCAUGGCCAAACCAGUUGCUUACAAUGACCCACUACCAGCCAGUAAAGAAGCGUCGGAAGAAGAAACCAGUGAGCAUGCACAGCAAGACCUAGAUAUGCAAGUAUCACGUAGUGCGGAGAAUCAAGCAUACGCUUCCAGAAGACUCAGCACUUCAGGAUAUCCUAAUCCUAAUCGCACUUCGACCGUAUCCGAAUUUUCUGACAUCACGGUUCAAACUCCAGGCACAAGGCCCUGGUCCCAAGUAUCGACUUUGCGCAACUCAGUACGGCAUAUCUCUGAUAGUGAAAACUUCAACCAUAUGUUCGCUGAAGAAGUUCGAAGAUCAGCAGCAGCGAAAGAAGCAGCCUGGCGGAAGAGUUUAGCGUUAGAGAACUCCGAAGCGACUAGCAUUAGCAAACCUUGGGUCAUCAUUGAGAGCGGAGACCAACCACGUGGCCAGGCUCAUGGCGGCCACUCUGAACACGAUAUCUCCGAUUUGCAGAUCGGGGAACCCUUCACAGCCGCGGUCCAGCGUUCUACCCUCAUGAUAGGAACAAACCCUUCUUCUACAAGCGCAUCUUACAUGACAGCAAGGUCUUCUCAGGAAACCUUGUCGUCGGCGUCCAUCAACCUGACCGGCAUUCAUCAUACUGACCUCGGUCACCUGGAGGCCAACCUUCCGUACUCAGCAACUGAUGCGGAGUUCCAUAGUAGUGGUGAUACGAUUCCAACAGUGGGAAAAAAGUAUCCAAAUGGCAGCAGUUUGACUUUCUUAUCACGUCCAGUAUCAAGUGGGUCUGUUGAGCAGUAUUCUACCUAUCCAAGCCAUCAAGAUGAAAGGCUUCCAAGCUUUAAUCAUGCGUAAAUACUUUGAUUGUGCUAGGGCAAUGACGUGCUGCUGCAGUGACCUUUUUUAAAGCGGAGCCAUCCUUUGAUAAUUUUAUAAUACAUGUAUACAAUCCACGCGAGAAGAGUUUUUUUUUUUUUUUGGAAAGCGGAUGACCAAAAU